GCGGGGCGGGAGGAGCCGUAGGGCUCUCAGGGAGCGGCGGCGGUGGCGGCUCCUCCUCCUCUUCUCCAGCCAUGGCUGUAAAGGACCCUACAGCUGUAGAAAGGGCAAAUUUACUGAACAUGGCUAAAUUGAGUAUCAAGGGACUUAUUGAAUCAGCUUUGAGCUUUGGACGCACCCUGGAUUCUGACUACCCACCUUUGCAGCAGUUCUUUGUUGUCAUGGAGCACUGCCUGAAGCAUGGCCUUAAAGUGAGAAAAUCCUUUCUAAGCUACAAUAAAACCAUCUGGGGUCCUCUGGAACUUGUGGAGAAAUUAUAUCCAGAAGCUGAGGAGAUAGCAGCAAGUGUCAGAGAUUUGCCUGGCCUUAAGACACCGCUGGGCCGUGCCCGGGCCUGGUUAAGGUUAGCACUAAUGCAGAAGAAAAUGGCUGACUAUCUUCGGUGUUUGAUCAUUCAGAGAGACCUUCUCAGUGAAUUUUACGAAUAUCAUGCACUAAUGAUGGAGGAAGAAGGAGCAGUUAUUGUUGGGCUUUUGGUUGGGUUGAAUGUGAUAGAUGCCAACCUGUGUGUGAAAGGUGAAGACCUGGAUUCACAAGUUGGGGUGAUUGAUUUCUCUAUGUAUUUGAAGAGUGAUGAAGACAUUGGGAGUAAGGAAAGAAAUGUACAAAUUGCUGCCAUUUUGGACCAAAAGAAUUAUGUUGAAGAGCUAAACAGGCAACUGAAUAGUACAGUCAGCAGUCUUCAUGCAAGAGUUGAUUCACUAGAGAAAUCAAACACUAAACUGAUCGAAGAGCUAGCCAUAGCAAAAAACAAUAUAAUUAAACUUCAGGAAGAGAACCAUCAACUGAGGAGUGAAAAUACUCUUAUUUUAAUGAAAACACAGCAUCAUCUAGAGGCAACUAAAGUAGAUGUUGAAGCAGAGCUUCAGACAUACAAGCACUCCAGGCAGGGUUUAGAUGACAUGUACAAUGAAGCACGAAGACAGCUCCGAGAAGAAUCACAGCUUCGACAAGAUAUGGAGAAUGAGCUAGUGGUUCAAGUUAGCAUGAAGCAUGAGAUAGAACUUGCCAUGAAGUUGCUGGAGAAGGAUAUCCAUGAGAAGCAGGAUACCCUCAUAGGCCUUCGACAGCAGCUUGAAGAAGUUAAGGCAAUUAACAUGGAAAUGUACCAAAAGCUUCAGGUUUCUGAAGAUGCAAUGAAAGAAAAGAAUGAAAUAAUUGAUCGAUUAGAGGAUAAGACCAAUCAGAUUAAUGCAACUAUGAAACAACUAGAACAAAGAUUGCAGCAAGCAGAGAAGGCCCAAAUGGAGGCUGAGGCCGAGGAUGAGAAACUUAAACAGGAAUAUGUGAAUAAAUCUGAAAGUCUGCAGAAAGAAUUCUCCCAGAAGGAGAAGCAGCUACUUCAGCUGGAAACUGAUUUGAAGAUAGAAAAAGAGUGGCGGCAAACUUUAGAGGAUGAUCUCCAAAAGGAAAAGGAAACUGUAUCUCAUCUGAGAAUAGAGACCCAAGAAAUAGUUAACCUUAAAAAAGAGUUCCUCAAACUUCAGGAAAAGAACAAACAAUUGAAGAGGAUAUGUCAGGACCAAGAAGCUGCUCUGGAAGAACUGGCAUCUAAACUGAGCGAAUCAAAGCUGAAAAUAGAAGAUAUAAAAGAAGCAAACAAAGCAUUGCAGGGCCAGGUUUGGUUGAAGGACAAAGAGGCUACACAUUGCAAGUUAUGUGAAAAGGAAUUUUCUCUGUCCAAAAGGAAGCAUCAUUGCAGGAACUGUGGGGAGAUCUUCUGUAAUGCCUGCUCUGACAAUGAACUGCCUCUGCCUUCUUCACCAAAGCCUGUUCGUGUCUGUGAUUCCUGCCAUGCAAUACUUAUACAGAGGUGCUCUUCUAAUGUGCCGUAAGAUUAUUGUACAUGAUAUUUAUUACUUUUUAGCUAGUCCUGUAAAAAAUCCAACCAAACAGCCAAACAAACAACUAAAGAAUGUACUGCAGGAUUUCCAGGAUUUCAGGUAAGCAGUUGAGAGUUGCAUUUUCAGCUGUGGAGGAAUUACUUGUUUGCUUCCUGUUGAAACAAGUAGAGAAUAUGGGACCUAAACAUAGAAGCUCCUGGUGUUAAAAUCCAGGAGACAGUGGCUUAGAAGUUCUGUUGGAGAAAGCUGGACAUUUUGUAGAGGAGACUCAGUGUUAACCUGUAUUUAAUGAGUGUCUCAGUUAUGAUUGUCUUGAAGAAGGGGACAUAUUUACCUGGUUUCAUAGGCUAGCCUGCAACAAGGCUGGCUGAAUACCUGCUGCAGAAUGUGCCUGUGAUAGGCCGUUGUGAAGCAAAACUGCACAACAGCUAGUUCGAAAUUGUAUUCAAAAGUAGUAGUGCAAUUAAUGCAGUGGUCCAGGAAGUUAUUGCCAAAUCUUGUAUUUGUUUUCUUCCCUUCAGUUAUCAAUGAUUAUGUCCAGAAUAUAGGACUGACAGCUGCUCUUUGUAGUCUCAUGUGGAAGGGGAGGCUUUGUCAGACAGAAGCAAGCAGUUGCCUGUAGUCACUUCAUGAAGGAAGGUGCAUUUUGCUGAUUUUUUUCUUUAAUGAACUAUUAAUAUAGUUCCAUUAAAAGAGAAAUGUCCAUCACAGAUUCUUGCCUAAUGAAUAGUAGUUGUAACCUUGAACAAUUAUCUUGGCAUUAUCUUCACGUGAGUCAUGCUUUCAGGUUUGUGCACGUAGUCACUGUGUAGCACUAGAAGCAGAGUGAGCUUGCCACCAAGAAGUGCUAUGAUUACUCCUAUCCUUUCUGUGUUGGACAGGAAGGUUUCUCCUUAUUUUGUCAUCAUCUUUCUCAAACUUUCAGAGUUCGUUCCUAAACUUCAUGUUUUUCCAGAGCACUUUUGAAAACAUUUAAGUCUGACCUCUCUCCAUGCUGGUGGUAACUUCUGCUAGAGUGUAAAUCCUUAUUUUUCCUGUAAACAGCACAAAUGCAUCCUCUGAUCAGUUGUCCUCACUCAACUCGGUUCACUGCACUUGAACUGAUCUGCCCCCUCACUUCAGCUGCUGUUGCAAUGGGCUAUAGCUGAGCAAACUCCACGUUUGGGCAGUGCUGGUGGGCCCUCAGCAGAAUUACUGGCCCAUAGUUCCUUCAGUCAUGGGCUUGCAGAAUUCUUACCAACAGGUGAAGGGAGGCUUUGAAAUAGAUCUUUUAAUUGUUCUUGCACUUCUAGCUUAGCUUUGUCUUCUGAGGGGUAGGUAUUUAGUUCAUAUUCUAGAAGCUCAUCCAGCUGUUCUUUCUCACACCUUACUGUGGUUGCUUAUGUAGCUUUUGUAAAGAAAACUUAUUUGAAAAUUACCUGAUGUAACUUUUUGUAAAAUAAACCCCAACAAUUUGUAAAUCUGUAAAUAGCUUUUGGAAAAAAAUAAAUUUAGUUAAUCUGAACUUAA